AUGAAGGUUGACGUCAAGAAACAAUUCCAAGGGCGGUCGUACCGCGUGAAAGGCAUCGAUCUGCACCCGAGCGAGCCGUGGGUUGUAUGUUCGCUUUUCAGCGGCUCGGUGCAGCUGUGGAACUACGAGACGCAGUCUCUGCUCCGCUCGAUCGAGGUCAGCGCGACGCCGGUCCGCGCGUGUCGGUUUAUUGCUCGCAAGAACUGGAUCGUGACUGGCGGCGACGAUAUGCAGAUCCGCAUCUACAACCUCAACACGUUUGAAAAAGUCACCCAGUUCGAGGCGCACGCCGAUUACAUUCGCGCGUUGGCGGUGCACCCGACCCAGCCGCUUUUGCUGUCAGGCAGUGACGACCUGACCGUGAAGUUGUGGAACUGGGACCAGAACUGGCGCAAUGUGGAGACCUUCAAGAGCCAUCAGUCCUACGUCAUGUCGGUGGCCUUCAACCCCAAGGAUGCCAACACUUUUGCGUCUGCGUCCAUGGACCGCACCGUCAAGGUGUGGAGUCUGUCGUCGCCGGUGCCCAAUUUCACCCUGGAGGCUCAUGAGACAAAGGGUGUGAACUUCGUCGAGUACUAUCCGUUUGCCGACAAGCCCUAUUUGUUGACUACCUCUGACGAUGAAACCAUUCGCAUUUUCGACUACCAGUCCAAGUCCUGCGUUGCGACUUUGUCUGGCCACUCGUCAAACGUUUCUUUCGCAAUCUUCCACCCAGAAGCCCCCAUUAUUAUUUCCGGUUCUGAAGACUCUACCAUCAAGAUCUGGAACGCCCGCUCUUACAAGCUCGAGAAAACCGUCAACUUCGGUAUGGAGCGCGCCUGGUGUAUCGCUUCCUUGCCCACUUCUUCUUCCAUUGCUAUUGGUUUCGAGACCGGCCCUCUUAUGCUCCAGUUCGGCUCCAAUGAACCGGCGGCCUCUAUGGACUCGUCUGGAAAACUUGUCUGGGUCAAGCACCUCGAGGCGUUUUCUUCGGUCAUCAAGGCUCGUCCUGAAGCCGACGGCACUGAAGAAGAGACUGCUCUUCAGCUGACUGCCAAAGAUUUGGGCACAGUUGAAAUGCAACCCUCGCAGCUGGUGCAUUCGCCUAAUGGCCGCUUCGUCGCAGUGUGUGGUGACGGCGAGUACAUUGUCUACACUGCGCUUGCCUGGCGUAAUAAGGCCUUUGGCUCAGCUGUUCACUUUGCAUGGGCCCCAGACUCAAAUGCAUACGCAGUUGCCCGUGAUGACGGUACUGUUACUGCGUUCCGUAACUUCACCGAGCUGCCCCAAGACCACUUUGAUAUCGAGUUCCAGGCUACGCGCUUGUGGGGCGGAGCUUUGUUGGCCAUCAAUGGCCAAGGGUUUGUUGCCUUUUACGAUUGGGAGUCCGGUCGCCUCGUGUCGCAGGUCGAUAUGGAUGUGCAAUCAGUGGUCUGGAGCGACUUUGGUGACCUGGUGACCUUGACAUCCGAAGACGAGUUCUAUGUUUUGCGGUUCAACCGCGAUCUGUUUGCCGAGGCUCUUGCUGUUAACGAAAACGUCGAGGAGGGUGUUGAAGGCGCUUUCGAGGUCGUCAACGAGUUCACAGAGCGCGUGCGUUCUGGCCGCUGGAUCGGCGACUGCUUUGUUUACACAUCGGCCGCUAACCGUCUCAAUUACGUUGUUGGUUCAGAGAUUUACAACCUUACUCACUAUGACCGCGAUAUGUAUUUAUUGGGCUACUUGCCGCGUGACAACUCGUUGUAUCUUUGUGACAAGGAUAUGCGAGUUCAUGCUCAGAGAUUAUCCCUUGCCGUCAUUGAGUACCAGACAGUUGUGUUGCGGGGCGAUUUAGACUAUGCUGCUGAGCUUUUGGAAAAGGUGCCUGAUGCUGAACGCAGCAAGGUUGCUCGCUUUUUGGAGGCCCAGGGUCUGGCCGAACUGGCCUUGCAGGUGACCCGUGAUAUGGAUCACCGCUUUGACUUGGCUUUACAGCUCAAUAACCUGCAGAUUGCCGAGGAGGUUGCGGAGUCGCAGGACUCGGCUGCAAAGUGGAAGUCUCUUGGUGACAAGUGGCUUGCCAACUGGCAAAUGCCUAGGGCUGAAUCGUGCUACGCCAAAGCUGGCGACCUCGACACAUUGUUGCUUGUGCAUACGUCGACGGGCAACAAAGCUGCUCUUUCUAGCCUUGCAGCAAAGGCCGUGGAUCAGGGUCAGUACAACUUGGCGUUCAAUGCUUACUGGUUUAUUGGCGAUGUGGACAAAGCGGCCGAUUUGUUGAAUCGCUCUAAUCGCAGCGCCGAAGCUGCUAUGCUUUCUUUAACUUAUGGUGGAGAUGUUCAGGGUAAUGUUGAGAAAUGGAAGGCACAAUUAAAAGAGUCUGGCCGGGAAAAGAUUGCCGAUCUCAUUUGCGAGCCUGCUCAGGAUGCUGAUCGGUUCCCUGCCAAUGUGGGAGGGCGGCUGGCAGUUCGUCCUGUCGAGCCUCUGAUUGACUUGAUUAACACACCAGCCGACACUCCCGAGCCUAAGCGUGAGGUUCAGCCCGAGCCUGCUCAGCCCGAGCCUGCCUACGAACCUGAGCAGGCCUAUGAGUCUGAGCCGGCCUAUGAGCCUGAGCCUGAGCAAGAGCCUGAACUCGAGCAUAACUACAACCAGACCGAGCAAGCCGAGGACUACGAAGAGGAACAACUCGAGCCCGAGUACGAAUAUGAGUACGAGAAGUCCGAGCAGCCAGCACAGCACCAGCCCGAGGAAUUCGACGAACAGUACGACGAGCAAUACCAAGAUCCCGAACAAGAGCUUGAUGACCCCGAGUUCGAAGACUUUGGCGAUGAAAAGUACGGAUUUCAAAACGAAAAAUACGGCUAUGACGCCGAUGACGAUUUAGUAUAA